AUGCGGUGGGAGGUCUCUUUUUUGUUAUCGGCCCUCUUCUUUCUGAUCACGGUCAACGCGCAAUACGGAGAUGAUGCCUGUCCAGCUCCUGAACCAGAGGGACCUACGUAUCCUGCUGUGCCGCCGCCUUCGAUGAAGCCAUCGCAUCCUCCAUCACACCCGCACCCGCAUCCGAAGCCAACGCGAACGCCUAUGCCAACACCAAGCCCUGGUGCUCCCUGCACGCCUUGUAUCCCUAGCACGACUACGGAAAUAAGUACCAUCACCGAUACAGCCACAGAGACGACCACUAUCACCGAACCGCCUGAAACAAUCACGACCACUGCAACAGAAACGACCACGGCCACUGUAACGACCGAAGUGCCUGUUACAUGCAUGGACACUCCACCAGCAGAUUAUGAUCUGGGCACCUGCCCCCACACGGCUCCAAGGAUUCGAGGCACAUACAGCGUCCUCUUCGCAGGGACGUAUUAUAUCUAUGGUGAUUUGUCAAAACUUAUGAACGCCAUUUGCGAUCGCAUGGAGAAUUCGUGCCAUGCACCUGAGUCGUCUGUUGAGCAGUGUCGAGCUGCUGAAGCUGCAGCGAACCAGUUCACCGGUGACGAAGCGGUUGCAGUGUGGAAUGAGAUCAUGGCACCGUGUGUUCAUCAGCCUGCCGUUCGCAGACUGAGAGGAAGAAGCGGAAGAGACCAGGGUGUUGGGAGCCUGAAGACAGAAGAGACCAUCACUGGUGUCGACCACGUCGCGCUAAGUGAAGAACAACUCCGUGAUCACGAUUAUGUUGUGAAGCUGGACAUCUAG